AUGUUAUUUCGACUGCCGGAAGGUGUCAACGAUAAAGAGCGAGUUUUCAAAAUUUUGAAUCAUUUAAGAGAUGACGCCAUGUCUGAUAAAAAUGUUCUAAAAAUUGUGAGAUUGGGUAAAAAAACUGAUGGCACGUCGAGACCUUUGCUUAUCAAGUUGGACAAUAUCGCUGUUAAAAAUCAAAUUAUAAAACGCACUUUUAAAUUAAGUUUUCUGGUUGAUCAAUUUGGUCGAAUUGGCAUUAGUCAUGACUUGACUAAAGAACAGAGAGGUGAAUUGAAAAUUUUGCUAGAUGAUGCUAAGAUGCAGGAAGCUGCUAAUAAAGAUUUUUUAUUCAAGGUUCGCGGUUCUCCGGGAAGAUGGAAGAUUGUAAGAUUCCCGGUGAUUUCAACGUUAACAUUGAAAGGACUAACGAUCCACAUGCCUCUAGGCUAA